AACUCAGCGCGUGCAGGUGAUAACGUGAUUUAAUUCAACGUUUACGGAAUCAGACUGAGGUGUGAAGAUGAGGGACAUGUCCAAUGGUCCAACUGCUCUGUUGGAGGACGAGUGUGAUCUCGUACACACUCCCACAAACUCCCACAGCCCGCGCAGGGACGUUCCCAGGGUGGUGGUGUGGAGGAACGUGGUGUUGAUGAGUGUUCUUCACGCCGCGGCCGUGUACUCACUCCUGCUCAUCCCCUCGGCUUCACCGUACACACUGCUGUGGACUUUGUUCUGUUUUGUGUUUAGUGCACUGGGUAUAACUGCAGGAGCGCACAGACUGUGGAGUCACAGAUCAUAUAAAGCCUCACUGCCUUUAAGAAUCUUCCUCGCUCUCGGUAACUCCAUGGCGUUUCAGAAUGAUAUUUAUGAGUGGUCCAGAGACCAUCGCGUGCAUCAUAAAUAUUCCGAGACGGACGCGGACCCCCACAAUGCCACUCGGGGAUUCUUCUUUUCUCACAUCGGCUGGCUGUUGGUGAGGAAACACCCCGACGUCAUCGAGAAUGGAAAGAAGCUGGAGUUUACUGACCUAAAGAAUGACCGAGUCGUGAUGAUCCAGAAAAGGUUCUAUAAGUCCUCUGUGGUAGUGUUGUGCUUUGUGAUCCCGGCAGUGUUGCCAUGGUUCCUGUGGGCGGAGUCCCUGUCGGUGGGUUUUUUUUUACCUGCCAUCCUCAGAUACACGCUGGUGCUAAAUGCCACCUGGUUAGUGAACAGCGCUGCUCACAUGUGGGGAAACCGACCUUAUGACGUGAACAUCAACCCGCGGGAGAAUCGCUUUGUCGCCUUUAGCGCCAUCGGUGAAGGUUUCCAUAACUACCACCACACCUUCCCGUACGACUACGGCACCAGUGAGUUUGGCUACAAACUAAACUUUACCACCUGGUUCAUCGACUUUAUGUGUGUGUUGGGUCUGGCUAAAGACCGCCGCCGCGUCCCCGUUGAGCUCGUCAUGGCUCGUGCCAAACGUACUGGCGACGGGAGUCACAGGAGCGGGUAACACGGUGCAGUGAGGGGUCUCUGAUGAUCUCUGGUCUGCUGGAAGUCGAGUCCUGGGCGUGGUCACUGUACAGAAUGGGAGACGUGAUCUUUGGAUCUUUAAAUUAAGGAGCUUCUAAUUCCUACAUGCUGAAUUACGUGUUUUGUAGCUGAACUGAAUGAUCUUGCUCUGCCUGUCUGUGUGUGUGUGUGUGUGUGUGUGUGUGUGUGUGUGUGUGUGUGUUGUGUUCGGGAGUGGGACGGGAUGUGGAUUCAGUGAAGUUCUGCACAAUCAGUUAGUGUAGAAUCCUGCAGCACUGAAACUUCUUUAUGGACACUGAGAUACAGUGAUUGAUCUGUAUCUUUUGUAAAACAGCAGUUCUGACUCCAGUUUAGCUGCAAAUCGCAGGUUUAAUGUGGGAACUGUACAAACAAUGCUCGCCAUAAACAGCUUUAACUAAUCUUUAAUAAGAUUUCGGGGUAGGGGAGACAUUUGUUUAUAGAUGGAGUCUCCAGUGUCAGGGUGAAAGCUCUACCAUCGGAUUUUCUGACAUCUUUCUGACAGAGGAGUUUAUGUUUACCGAUCGCUUGUUAAUAUGACAAGAUGCAUUUUUGUAUUACUUCUCUUCUGUAUCACUUGAAGAGAAAAUAAAGAGAGGCUGGAAAUUACAGUGUACAGCUGCUGUAACGUAAGUGAGGACAGGAACUAAUUAACAUGUUUUAUAGACUUUCUACAACACUCAAUGUGACAACAAACAGUAGUUUUGAACAUACUAUAAUAUUAAUAAGUCAAAUGUAAUUUAAUUUACAUUUAGCUUAAAUAAAAAUGUUUAGAAAAUUGCA